UCUCUGUAACAACCUACUUCGCCGCCGAUUCAAUUCUCCGAUGGCAACCUCAAGCCAUCUCCUCCUCCUCUUCCUUAUCUCCACCGUCUCAUUUCUCACUCCCGCCGCUUUCCUUCCCUCCCUCACGCCGCGAGAUCAGCAACACGCAGACAGAAUCAUCCAAGCGAUGAUCGGAGCCGGCGAGUUCCGCGACUGGGCCGCCGAUUUCCUCUCCGCCGUCGACGACCAGUUCGGAAUCCCCCUCUCCGCCACCAUCUUCAUCCCCAGCGACUUCGACGCCGCCGGCAUCUCCUCCUCCUCCUCCUCCGACGGCGGCGAAACCAGCACCGGUCAUCUCUCCGUCGCCUACCACAUCGUUCCUCAGCGACUCUCCUUCGCCGACCUCCGUAUCUUGCAGCCUCUCUCUCGCCUCCCGACUCUCCUCCCCGGAAACUCCAUCGUCGUCACCAACAACUCCGUUUCCGAUUUCACCGUCGACGGCGUCCUCGUCUCCGAGCCGGAUCUUUUCCUCUCUUCUUCGAUCGCGAUCCACGGUGUCGCCUCGCCGCUUGAUUUCUCUCGUUACGGAGGAGACUUCGAAAACGUUGGUGGUGAUACUGCUUUGGCCGAUAGUCUCCGCCCUUUGUCUCAGCGCCGUCGUCGUCGUCGUCAACGUCUUCCUGAUGGAUUCGACUACAAUCGAACCUCUGCUUCUUCCGUCUCCGUCGCACAUCUCUCGACAAGCUCCUUCUUCUUGCUCCCGUUGGCUAUGGCUCUGUUCUGACUCUUGCAUUUUUCACUUUUAGUCCUUGAACUUUUCUAAUUUUCAAGAUUCUGUACAUAAUAUUUUUCAGUUUUAGUCCUUGAAGUUUUCUAACUUUCAAGAUUUUGUACAUAAUCUUUGUAACUCGAGCUUG